CUUUAUACCUGGACAGCUUGAUAGGGAACGACUUCCUGGAGACACUCGAACGUUAAGAACUGCUGUCUGUAGACGUCAAAGGCCGGGUGAUGAGUAGACCCAGCCCGGGUAAUAGGGCCAUGGCGGAGAGUAUUACUAUCCGUAUCCAGUCUCCUGAAGGAGUCAAACGCAUUAUCGCAAGCAAGCGGGAAACUGCAGCCACGUUUCUUAAAAAAGUAGCUAAAGAGUUUGGUUUCAUAAAUAAUGGUUUCUCUGUUUAUCUAAACAGAAACCGGACAGGGGAAAUUUCUGCUUCUCCAAACAAAUCUCUCAAUUUACUGAAAAUCAAGUAA